UUUCUAGGAGCCGCGAGGACGGAGGAGUGAAGUUGAAGCCUGGACUGCAGUUUCUUCUUCUUCUUUUUUUUUUUUCUUUUUCUUUUUUGGUUCUUCGCACAGAAAGCGAAGCUUGUCUUUCGCUGCGCUGUUAUGCUUUUGGUCACUGGAGCUUCUCAAAUUUCAGAGUAGAAAAGAGUGGAGGAGGAAAAAGAUGGAGUUGGAUCUGGAGAAUCCAUUGACGUGCGUGGAAGAAGAGCAAUACGACACCGUUUCAGCUCUCUUCGACUCUGAAUCUGAUCACAUGGUGUCGCAGAUCUUCCUCCGCCGCUUUCAUGCUGAGCCCCUUCGUCGAGAAGCAAUCGCUCUCAUUUUGCAGGCGCAGUACUCUUGCAACUUGGAUAAUUUCAUUUCUUACCUAGCGGUUAACUAUGUAGAUCGGUUCAUCUCCAAGAAAGAAGUGCCGGAGGAAAAGCCGUGGAUCUUAAGGCUGCUUGUGAUCUCAUGCCUCUCCCUCGCAGCAAAGAUGAAGAAAAUUGAUUUCUCAUACUCUGACUUUCAGAAGGAUGAAGGUUUCCUCUUCGACGCUCAAAGGAUUCAUCGCAUGGAGCUUCUGAUUCUCAGUACUCUGAAUUGGCGAAUGCGAUCGAUAACGCCUUUCUCGUUUGUGUACUUCUUCAUCUCCUUAUUCGAGCUCAAAGAUCCGGCAUUGACAAAAGCUCUCAAAGAUCGAGCCACAGAGCUCAUCUUCAAAGCUCGAGAUGAAAUCAAGCUUUUGGAGUAUAAACCAUCGAUAAUUGCGGCAUCAGCGCUGCUCUGUGCGUCUUACGAGCUAUUUCCAUUGCAAUUUUCUUCUUUCAAGGCAGCAAUUUCCUCUUGCGAAUAUAUAAAUCAAGAGAGCCUCAACAAUUGCUACCAUGUUAUGGAGGAGAUGGUGACGAAUGAGUGGGAUGAGUCCAUAUUUGAUGCAGCAGUGUCGAGUACGAAGACUCCGAUAUGUGUGCUGGACCGCCAUUACAAGAACUCGGUAAGCGAAAAGAGCAACACCGCCAACACUCUGGAAGCCGCCAUCAAACAGCCUAGAGGGCACGAAAAUAAGGCGCAGCGUUCGCAAAUUCAACACUUAGCAUCACACUCUCAGAGCCUCGGCAAAGGUCGCCGUACCAAGUACGAUUUAUCAGCAGCUCCCAAACGAAUCACAAGAAAUGAGUAAAAGAGUGGCUUUCAUUUGUUGGAGAAGGAAUGGACGGCUGAAAGUCGCAGUUAUCUAAUCACUGUGCCUUCACCACCGUACGAUCUCCGCCUCCUUACUAAGUUUACUCCCUUCAAUAAUUAUAAAAAAUAAUAAUUAAAAAAACCAGAAAAAUAGGAAAAUGAAAAUUGUGUUUUUUUUUUUUUUUUUUUAAGUUCUCAGAAUUCUAUCUUAAUGGACUGAGUCUUGGUCAGCGACCAAAAGAGACAAAACAAAGCUUCGAAUUUCAAUUA